AUGUACAACAAUGAAGUCCAGACAAUCUGUGGAAGUUUUGCAACCCAGAGCAACGCUGACACGGAGACCGACCUUCAUCAGCCGUCUACGGACGGUUUUUCUCAAACCAAUGAACUGCUAACUCGCACUGGCGGAGUUCAGACUGACGCUGAAAGCUCUAGUGCCUUGGAAAGCACUGACACACAGACUGAGAGACCGCAGCCCUACUUGGAUAACUCUACCGAAACCAGCAAACCACUCAUGCGCAAUGAGGAGACCCAGACAAGCUCCGAUACUCCCAAAAUCAUGGAGAGCAUAGAGACGCAGACUGAGAGGACAAAACCUUACCUGGAUAACUCCACCGAAACCAGCGCACCGAUCACGAGAAAUGAGGAGAUUCAGACCGUAGACGAAUCCUCAAGAAUCAUGGAGAGCACAAACACACAGACUGAAAAACCACAGCCUUACAUAGAUAACUCCACAGAAACUGAUAAGCCGUCCACACAAAGUAAAGAAACCCAG